CCGACUUGCAGCUGUUUAUGGGUAGUGCCAAUAAUGCUUUUUCGGCUUUCUUGUUGCCAAUGUUACCAACAAGACAAUUUGGUCAAUAUUUUUGGAGAACUGUCAAUCUGCUAUCCUCUUUUAGGAGUUAUUCAUCAUCUAGAUUCGGAGCAUUUGACAUUUGACACAUUUUAAAACAUGGCUAGUGAAGUGGAAGAAACUCUAAAGAGGAUCCAGGCCCACAAAGGGGUGGUUGGCACAAUUGUAGUCAACGCAGAAGGCAUUCCAAUCAAGACAACUUUGGAUAAUACAACAACAGUCCAAUAUGCUGGUUUAAUUGGGCAGCUGUCUGACAAAGCUCGCAGUGUUGUAAGAGAUCUUGAUCCAACAAAUGAUUUAACUUUCCUCCGCAUACGAACCAAAAAACAUGAAAUCAUGGUAGCUCCGGAUCGUGAGUUUAUUCUAAUAGUAAUACAGAAUCCUAUGGAUUAAUGUGAAAUUCCACCUCUAACAUCAUCGACCUCAUCUCACUUGUCCUCCUCGUGGUCUGGAUCAUAACUACUUAUUAUUAAUCUAAAUUCUUGUGCUAAGGAAAAUUUUGUACUGUUAAGUAGCAUGGCUUUUUGUUAUUAUUUACAAUUUACCCUUAAUUUUGUUACAAAUAUUUCUAAUUGGUGAAUAAAUCUGAAAAUACUA